AUGUCGUUCAUGACAUACCUCGCCCAGUUCCAAUUCGGGAUGUCAUCCAAAUUUUUUGAGAGCCACAAAAUAUGUUGGAAGAAUAACUACGGAUCAAAUGGACCUCGAACUUUAUCUCACCGUGAACACCACAUAAAUCACAUUCUAAAAGGAGACCUCAGCCAUCUCCAAGGCAUCUCAUGGAACAUGGGGGAAACUCCAAAUCGAACAGAGCAACACAAAAAUAGGAAUCAUGCAUGA